AUGGCUUUGAGAAAGGACCCCAGUCUUCAAGCAGAGUUAACAAAAUGGUGUGAAGCAGCCAGUAUUGAUUCUACUCAUGCUUUAAUCCUGCUAAAUGUACCUGUUUACACAGAAGUGGCAGAGAUUGAAGAUGUAAUGGAAACUGUCAAUGCUCUGGGAAGGGUUCGAGUGAGGGACACAAGAGAAGGACCUACUGCCCAGUCUAUGAUGGUUCUAUGUGAGUGCCGACAAGCCACUGACUCCACCCGUAUUCCUCCUGAAGUGACAAGGGGGGAAAAGAGUGAGCCCUGGUCAGUUAUCGUGAUUCAACCAAGUGAAAGUGCCUCUAAUACAGAUGCUGAAGGAUUCUCUGAAAAGUUGACAAAGUUCCUGAUGGAGGAAGGGAAAACUUUCAGUGACGUAAAAGCUUUAAUUACACCCCACAGUGCUGGUGAUAGUUCUCCUGAAUCAAUUAUACGUGCAAUGGGUGAAGUACUGGAAAAGACCAUAAAGCCAACAAGUGAUGGAACUGCAUACCGACGACUUCGGACAUUUUCAGCCAUUGUUCCAACCCCAAUUGGAGAGGAAAACAUGGAUAACUGGAUAGAUCAAGCAAGGCUCAUGAUAACUGAGUGUGACUGUACUGAAAAAGAAAAACGACGCAGAAUCAUGGAAAGCCUUAAAGGACCAGCAAUGGAAAUAGUGAGAGCUGUUCGUUUCUCAAAUCCAGAAGCAGGUGCUUUAGAGUAUGUGGAAGCAUUAGAGAGUUCCUUUGGAUCUUCAGAGUCUGGUGAAGAUCUGUAUUUUAAGUUUCGACUUAUGCGUCAAAAUGCAGGGGAGGCAUUAUCAGAGUUUCUGAGGAGAAUUGACAAAGCUCUAAAAAAAGUGGUGGAAAGAAAUGGCCUGUCUUUCAGAAUGGCCGAUAAAGUGCGAGUAGAACAACUCAUUCGAGGGGCAGUGAAUUCUGAUCUCAUGUUGCUACAGUUGAGGCUUCGAGAACGUACAGCAUGCCCACCUUCUUUCCUGAGUCUGCUGAAGGAAAUACGUGAGGCAGAAGAGAGUGAAGCUUCUCGCCACAGAAUGUCAGCUAAAGCCAAAUCCAUACAGUAUUGUGAUGAAACCACAAGCACAUCUGUCAUUCAAGAACUCAAAGGAGAGAUUCAAGAGCUGCGUGCACACUUAUGUGGAGUCAUGCCCAAAACUGUUUCUACUUCUUCUUUGGUGGUUAAAUCCAGAGAGAAACCUAACCAGAUGGAAAAAACAUAAGAUGUAGAAGUUCAAGAGUUAAAGAAACAAGUUCAGUACUUACAACAACAGUUGGCAGUUAUGAGUGUCAGUCCUUCUCAGGGCUCACUAGAGGUUACAGAACAACGGCCAAAACCAUCACAGUCCACUUCAUCAUUAUUUAGCCGAAAGUCAACCAGAACAAAAGAUGAUUAUUUCUGUUACAAAUGUGGACAAGACGGUCAUAUUGCGACAAAAUGUCAAGCCCCACAAAAUUCAGACCAAGUAAUCCAGAAGCUAAUUCGUUCUUUGCGGCAAGCUAAGAGUUUUAAGUCCGAGGCUAAUGAAAGCAGAAAAACCCAGAACCAAGUUUGUUUCUCUAAAAAGAGUCAGACAGACAUAAACAAAGCCAGCAGUAUUCCAAAAGGCCUAGUUGGACCAGCAUCAACAGUAGAAGUGACAAUUAAUGGACAUUUAUGUCAAGCCCUGUUAGACAGUGGAUCACAAGUGACAAUAGUGUUUGAGAGUUGGUACUCUAAGAAUUUAAAUUAUGUACCGAUUCACCCCUUGACUGGAUUAUCCAUAUGGGGCCUCAGUUCGUCCAGUUAUCCUUAUAAGGGAUAUAUAGUAGUGGAUGUCACUUUCCCGUUCUCAGUCAGUGGAGUAAAGGAGCCGCUGUCCAUCUUGGCUCUCGUAUGUCCUGAACCUCAAGGGCCCUCCCAGUUACCAGUCAUUAUUGGAACAAACGCCAGUUUCUUCCAGCGCCUUGCUACUCUCAGUCAUGAUGUAAAAUCAUCCAGCACUGCACAAGCUUUAAGAAUUCAUACUAACCUUCCUGAAAUCCAUCUCAAUCAGCAGACAUGUAAAAAUACCUUAAUCGACCAGCCUGAGGGGAA